AUGGAUCUCCCGGCCUCGGUGAUAGCGACCUUCCAGAAUCUGCGACGCAUAGAGAAACUCUUUGACGCCGUGCUCAGGACCGACGAUGGCACCGUCUUCAAGGUGCACCGCCUGGUCCUUGCGGCUGCGUGUCCGCUUUUCAAGGCACUCUUUAUGGCAGACCAGAACAACCUGAGCAACGACGUCAGAGCUGGCGCUGGUGAGCCCCCGAGCCAGGAGAUGCACGAGUACUGGCUCACAGACAUCAGUAGAGAGACGCUGGCACUGCUGAUUGACUUCUGCUACGGGGUCCCUCUGGAAGAGCGAGUCCGCCUGGACACCGUGCAGUACAUCCUGGGCGUUGCCGAGAAGUACAAGAUACCAAAAAUGCUGCAGCACUGCAUCAGAUUCCUUCGAAACAACUUGGACUACUCUAACUGUGUGGAUAUCUUACAUCUGGCAACCGGCAAACACUACCAAGAACUCGCUGACGAUGCGCUCACCUGCAUUGUCCGAAAUUUCGAUAAGGUGUGGACGGGCACUCCGGCGUACACUACUCUGAGCUCUACUGAGCUGAUCCGCGUUGUCCAGUCGGAUGAGCUGCAGGUUGUCGACGAGGUUUCCGGCACCUUCAGAGCCAUCAUGCGCUGGGUGGAGGCGAACAGCGAACACCACCAGGCCGACCUAGCCGCAUUACUCGGUCAUGUUCGCUUUGGAUUUUGCAAAAGCAGGUGCUUCUAUACCGCUUUCCAACCUUUAUAUUAA